AACACUGCAUCUUUUCUUUUGACCAGGCAAAAAAAAAAUUGGAGUUUCCAUUGUAAAAAUUAUCGUUUUUGUGGUAUUUAAACAUCCAUGUGAAGCAGAGAUAAGCCAAAAACACUCCCGUCGUCCACGCCACGUCGCCUGCCCAUUUGAUAUACAUUUAUAAACAGGCCAAGCGGAGACCGAAACAAGUGCAGAAAAUGAGCUCCUCAAAUGCAGGCCAGCGCACGAAACUAAUCCAGGAGAAGUGCCAAACCCUUCUGACCCAGAUGCUCCGCGAUGAAGACAACAAAUACUGCGUGGACUGCGACGCCAAGGGUCCUCGCUGGGCGUCCUGGAACCUAGGAAUGUUCCUCUGCAUCCGCUGCGCCGGCAUCCACCGCAACCUGGGCGUGCACAUAUCGCGCGUCAAAUCCGUCAACCUGGACACCUGGACCCCAGAGCAGGUGAUCUCGCUGCAGCAGAUGGGCAACUCGCGGGCCCGCGCCGUCUACGAGGCACAGCUGCCUGACGGAUUCCGGCGUCCGCAGACGGACACAGCGCUGGAGAACUUCAUCCGUGCCAAGUACGAGCACAAGAAGUACUUGGCCCGCGAGUGGGUGCCGCCCUCGCCACCGAAAGUGGACUGGGCCAAGGAGAUCGAUGAGGAACUGGAGCGGCAGAAGCGCAAAAAGAAGACUUCCCAGGCCAGCUUGGGCCUCAGCGGGGUGUCGAGUGGUGCCGACAAGCGUCUCGCCAGCGCCUCGACCUCAUCGGCCUCCAAAAACGCACCCCUGCCCGCCCCACUGCCCAAGCCGAAGCCCAACCAAGUCGGCGGCUGCAGCCCGAAGACCACGCAGCGCGUCCAGCUAAACACCAGCACCAAUAGCAGUGCCGGCGAAAGCGACCUCUUAGGCCUGUCGUCGCCCACCAAGCCGAUGGGCGUUGGCGGCGGUGGGGCAGCAACCAGUGCCAGCCAAGACUUGCAAAACGAAAGUUUCACCAGCUUUCUCAGUGCCGAGACGAUUGGCGGACAGCCUGAUAAGCUGAACGGCAGCAACGGUGACUCGGGCGGCCUGAUGGCUGCGAAACCAAACUCGCUAGCCCAGGAGGAGCAGGACUUCUUCAACCAGGGAUCUCUUGGCGCCACAGGCAGCGAGAAGGACCAGUCUGGAAAGCUCUCCAAGGACAGCAUCCUCGCGCUCUACGGCAACGCACCAGCUGCGCAUAAUCCGCAGAUGAACUUUGGUGGCUUCACGGGAAUGGCGCCCGGCGGGUACAUGCAUCAGCAACAGCAGCAGCAGAUUCCACACCAGUUUAUGACGCCGCCGAACUCGGUCAGUAUGUAUAACUCGCCAGUGAUGGCCGCGCCAAAUGCCUUCAGCAAUGCGACCAUUAGCAGCGCCACUGCCAUGAGCCUUGGAGGCGUUAACUUCAGCGGCGGGCAGUUUCCCAACUCUGGAGGCAGUCCAUUUGCCGCCGCUGGCCAAGGCUCGGCGACGAACCUGAUGCAGACGAACCAGAGCAUCCUCAGCGGGAUGCCACUGUUUGGAUCGGUUCCACAACAACAGCAGCAUCAGCCACAACAGCAACAUCACCCGCACCUAGGCGGCUUGUCCAUGAACUUGAUGCAACCCCUGCCCAGUGGCCUGAAUAUGGGCCAGCCGCAGGGAGCUGGCGGUUUUGCUGCCACCACCGGUCCCGCCGUUUCCUCAGUACCAUCAAAUCUGAAUCAGCAAUUCGGAAACCUAAAUAUCGGGAAUGUCUGGCAAUAAAUACGGCGUGUAUUUAUAUAGUUGUAUUCCUUUAAUUAAUUUUAAGACACGACGAGUGCUUGUCCCUCGGUGUUGCAAUGAUCUGUACAACUUGCCAACUUAUGUAUGUAGUUAGUUGUCCUGCAAUAGGACUCUAUAAAGAGCGAAACUAUACGUAUAUUGAUAGGAGAAUUAACUGUCACGCCACUGUAUUAAAUGUGAAGGAUGAGUUGGUUAUGACCACCGAGGAUCGGGUCGCGUCUGCUCGUUCAAAUCUAUUCCAAUUAUAACCCCAAUACAUACAUGUGUCACACACGAACCUCUAAUUACAAUUGAACUACGAACUUAACGCACUUCCCAAUCAAAAUGUAAAUGUUGUUUUCGAACAUAUUAGCUAGGAUUUGAUACACGUGCAUGCAUACAACCAAUCGUCCACGCCAGGUGUGAAUGUAAAUUAUAGAUUUGGCAAAAUGUACUUUUAAAACGGCUUGAACUAGGAGUAAUGGCGCCAGUUUGUCAAUGUGAAUCUUAAAUAUAUAUCAUCAUGGCUGGAAAGUCGACGGAUUUAUUGUAUUCGAUUCUUAAGUUGCUAUGUCUAAGGAAUAAAUCAAACAACUUCGAACUGUGUAAUAAUAAAAUAUUCUGACAAUUGUA